AUGUCAUACUCAUCAACAACAGUUUCAUCUUCCCCGAUAGAGGGACAGAAGCCGGGGACGAGCGGACUAAGGAAAGCUGUACAUGUCAAAGUCUACUUGCAAAAAUAUUACACGGAAAAUUUUGUGCAGAGUAUACUGGAAGGGGGGUUAAGUAAAAUAGAGGGUUCGACUCUAGUCAUCGGAGGCGAUGGACGAUACUAUGAAAAGGAGGCAACAUUGCUCAUCAUUAAAAUGUGUGCAGCAAAUGGGAAGGAAGAGGAACAAGAAUCCCCAGUGCCAAUAAUGAAGGAAAAGGGUGACCACAAAAUAGUGAAGGAUAAGAAGGAUCAUCACCACCACCACAAGGAUAAACACCCACAUCCCGAGGAUCACCACAAGGUCCCUCACCAUGGCGACAGGCACGGGAAAGGCGCGAAUACGAGUCCCGCGCAUGCGGCUUACACGCGACGCCAGAGGACUUUCUCACACCGGGAUACCUCGCAUUCGAUCUCUUCCAGUAAAGGUCAUGCCAAGCACCCCACCAAAGACCACGACCGCCAUAGCGUGGCUACUUCCGGUGACCAGUUGCCACAACUAGAUGUCAAGUAUGAAAAUACCUACAAAAUGAGCCCCGAUGCCAAAUUCAGGGAAUCGUCUAUACGAAGCAUUUUAUUGGAGGUUUUAGAAGAAAAUAUCAAAUCCAUAACAGCCUACGAUUCUUCAGUUUUAGGGGGGAAAUGCAAAUUAGCCUGUGAUGUCAUCAAAGAAAGAGUAAAGCAGCUGAACAUUACGCGAUACAAGAUAAUCGCUUCUGUGAUUGCGGCUCAGAAAGGAAGCCAAAGCAUGGUAGUGACGUCACGAUGCCUUUGGGACCAAAGAACGAUAACUAUGUUUCAGUUAAAGUAG